GGGGUGGCUUUGUCGGUUGUGCGCGACGAGGACCGGGAAGGGCAGGAAGGAAGCGCGUCCACGCGGCACCACCGCGUCGUCGGCCACCACUAUGGCUAGUCCACGGAUAUCCUUUAUCGGGGAGAUGUCACUUUGUGCCCGCGACGCUAGGCGCGAUCGGAUCACGACGCCACGGCGCCCUUCGACGGCUUAAGAACGACCGCGAGGAAGUGGAAUAAAGUGCGGCCAGCAAGGAACCGAGCAUCUCCGGAUAUCGGAUCGUUCCUUCCUUCCUCGCGACUGUCGUCUCCGAUGUUGAGCGCCGACGGGACGUCGAUCAACGAUCGUCAACGAGGGAGGAGCUUCGACGAGAUCGCGCAGACGCGUCUCACUCUUAUCUAAAAAAAAAAAAAAAAUAGAAGCCAGACGCUAACCGGGAAUUCGCUAGGUGUCGAACUCGAAAAGUCGUAGGAAAUUUUGUCUGACAUAAUGCGAGCGAAAACGUAACGUUGCCGAAAGGAGAAGGGUAGAACGGAGCACCCUUCUGCUCGUCUCCCGCGCAUCUAUCUGGAGCCUAGGACACUGAUAUCUAGUUCGAUCCAGCCUCGCUAAGCGCGUCGAUAUAACACUCGAUAUAAUCGUACACGAGCCUGGUAUCAUGGUAGAGAGCACUUAUGCGAGCGACUCGCCGAGAUCACGCUCGCCCAUGACGGAGCCGUCGAGUCCGCUGCACGAUGGUCCCGGUAUAUCCGGCUACGGCCACCACAACAGCUAUCUGUACAGCUACUCGCCCGAGGCGAGUAGUCAGAAUCACGUCGCGGCGACGACGAGGCGCAACAACGCGAGCGAGACGACCGACGCCGCGCGAGACGAAAGGACGUUCGCCAGGAGUCCGAUCGGUACCGCGGGGGAUGGCGUUCCUCGCCACCGGAACCCACGCGAGUCGGUCCCCUCGCGACCGGGCGGCUCCUCCGCCACCAUGUCGUCCCCCACGUCGCUCUUCACCAUCGACAGCAUCCUGGCGCCGAGGCCGAUCGGCAACGUUAUCGCCCCCACGAGCACCACCACCGUCGCCGCGUCCGCGAUCCAGACGCCGGAAACGAUCGAGUCGGCCGGCAGUCGCACCACGGCGAUGCAUCCGCUGCAGCAGCAGCUGCAUCACUUGGCGUUCACCUCGGCGGAUUUUCUCGCCGCGGCAUAUCCAGGAUUGUAUCCUGGAGGAUACGUCGCGGCGAUGGCCGCCGCCGGCGUUUCCCUCCACGGACAGCCGGCCUUCUAUCACGCCGGCCAUCCUUAUCAAAUAAAUCCGAAUAAUCCGGGAAUGGGCCCGAUGGCGAAGCGAAAACGUCGCCAUCGAACGAUAUUCACGGAGGAACAAUUGGAACAAUUGGAGGCCACCUUCGACAAGACGCAUUAUCCCGACGUGCUCCUGCGCGAACAGCUGGCCCUCCAGGUCGACCUCAAGGAGGAAAGAAUUGAGGUGUGGUUCAAAAAUCGUCGCGCCAAGUGGCGGAAGCAGAAGCGAGAGGAGCAGGACCGUCUGCGGAAGCUGCAGCUGGAGCAGCGUCAACGCACCGACGACGGCGGUGCCGCGGCGACGGUGAUGGUGGGCGAUCGUUUGAGCCUGAGCAGGCAGCAACAACAGAAGCUCGAGCAAGACACGGACAGCUCCGAUCUCGAGGUAGCGUAGUGCGAUCCCGAGGACGAGGCCAGGCAAAUUUCGGUCAUCGAUGGCUCGAGGAAAUUGAAAACAAUGACCCGGCGCUUCCGCGCUUCUAUCAACAACAGCCGCCAUGUAUAUACGUAAUUGCGCUGUAAAUAUCACUGUAAAUAUGAGUAACGAUGGAUGUGUACGAUACCGAAAUAAAUUAUUGCG